GCCGUUGCUAAGGAGGGCCAGAGACGCGGCCUUUAGCAACGGGCCCUCUCCCGGCGCCUGCGAGGCCCCGAUGGCGGCGGCCUCCGCUAGCCCCACCGUUUUCCUUCUCAUGGUCAAUGGGCAGAUCGAGAGCGCGCAGUUCCCGGAGUUUGACGACCUCUACUGCAAGUACUGCUUCGUGUACGGUUACGACUGGGCCCCUACUUCAGGUUUGGAAGAAGGAAUCUCGCAGAUCACUUCUAAAAACAGAGUCGCCCCGCAAGACCUGGUAUGGAAUUUCCCCAUUGACAUCACCUUCAAGAGCACGAAUCCCUUUGGCUGGCCUCAGAUAGUCCUAAGCGUGUACGGCCCUGAUAUUUUUGGGAAUGACGUGGUCCGAGGCUAUGGAGCGGUUCACAUUCCUUUCACCCCGGGGAGGCACAGGAGGACCAUCCCAAUGUUCGUUCCUGAAUCGACAUCCAAGCUGCAGAAGUUUACAAGCUGGCUUAUGGGAAGACGCCCAGAGUUCACGGACCCCAAGGUCGUAGCGCAGGGAGAAGGCCGAGAAGUGACCCGGGUUCGCUCCCAAGGCUUCGUCACCCUCUCCUUCAACGUAGUGACCAAGGACAUGAAGAAGCUGGGCUAUGACGUGAGCCCUGCCAGUGCAUCCAACCCCUCGCUCACGUCGGUGGCGAGCGGCAUUCAAAACUACUGAACACCAGGUGGUUCCUGGCCUGCUUUGGA